UCGGGACAAUAUUCGUGCAGCGCAAACGCAGGCGAAAAUAAAGCGAAAUAAUAUAAAUGUAUAGGGAACAGGUGUAAAUCGCAGGGCAAAAUAGAAAAACUGUUUUGUUUGAAAAAAAGAAAAAAAAAACAAAAAAUGAGGAAAAUGUCAAACGAAAAUUGCAUGAAGUAAACGAAAUUUCUUUUCCAACGGUGGUAGAGUUCUUCAAUAUCAUAAAAAUAGAGUCUUCAGCUUUAUCUCAUUCACAAAAUAUGUUUAACUAAGCUGCGCUCAUAAAGACAUUAACUCGGCUACAAAUACAUUUUUUGAAAGUUUUUCCUUGGUGCGCUUCUUUCCGCUUAGUUUUAUAUGAAAUUGCAUUAUUAUGCAAGUGACGCAUACCAAAAAAGCAACAACAACAACAACAACAACAACAAUGCAGAGAAGUGUAGAUUAAAUGGCAAUAAAUAACUACAAAAAGUGAAGAAUAAGCAAAAAAUACACACAAAAUUAAAUGAAAAAUAAUAACAAGCGACCAAAGCAAAAUACCAAAAAACAAAAGUUGUUUAAUCGAUUUUGAGAUUUGUUAUUAAUGUGUAAAAAAAAUUAAAUCCGAGUGCAAGUAAAUUUGUUUACUCUUUUACAUUAAGUGAAAAGUGUGUGAAAAAUGUGUUGAUAUCUUGCAAAAAAAAAACUUUAAACAACCGUUAGACGACUUAAAAACUAUCGCUUCCACAGAAAAUAAUACCGUGUCUACCGAAAAUUGAUUGUUCUGCUCGAAAUAUGUUGCCAGGAUUCGUGUGCAAUUCUCUCACUGUGAAUUUUAAAAAAUUCUCUUUGAAAAUAUUUACGCUUUUAUUCAUAGUGAAUUGCAUGGCUUUCAUAUCAAGUGCUGAAAAAAAUUAUAACAGUGUUUACAAUGAAGUUGUCACGCCGGAUUUGAAACAAGCAAUCAAAAAGGAGCUACCGAAAGAAGCGAAAUUCUUCGAUGAACUGGAUUUGAUUCCGCAAACUUGCCGCUUUCGUGGACACAAAUUCGAAUGCGGUCUCUCCAUUUCGUGUGUGUUGGGCGGCGGUAAGCCGCUUGACCUCUGCUCGGGCGGCAUGAUCUGGUCGUGCUGUGUGGACAAAGACCUCGAAUCCGAAGAUACGCAUGCAGGUCAAGUGAAUAACACAAGCUGCGGCGAGGUGUAUGCGCGCUCUAAUCGCAUUGUGGGCGGUCACUCGACUGGCUUCGGCUCCCAUCCCUGGCAGGUGGCGCUGAUCAAGAGCGGUUUCCUCUCGCGCAAGCUGAGUUGCGGUGGCGCGCUCGUCUCCAAUCGAUGGGUGGUCACGGCGGCGCAUUGUGUAGCGACCACCGCCAACUCAAACAUGAAAAUCCGCCUUGGCGAAUGGGAUGUACGCGGGCAGGAAGAGCGACUCAAUCACGAGGAGUACGGCAUAGAGCGCAAGGAAGUACAUCCACACUACAACCCAGCCGACUUCAAGAACGAUUUAGCAUUAAUUCGAUUGGAUCGAAACGUAGUAUACAAGCAACACAUAAUACCCGUGUGCUUACCACCGCCCGCUACAAAGCUUGUGGGUAAAAUGGCCACAGUGGCUGGCUGGGGACGAACGCGGCAUGGACAGAGCACAGUGCCGUCAAUACUACAAGAAGUGGACGUCGAGGUACUCUCCAAUGAUCGCUGUCAACGUUGGUUCCGUGCUGCGGGUCGCCGUGAGGCAAUACACGAUGUCUUCCUUUGUGCGGGCUACAAAGAGGGUGGGCGCGACUCCUGUCAGGGUGACUCUGGUGGUCCGCUGACUUUGUCUCUGGACGGCCGUAAAACACUCAUCGGUUUGGUGUCGUGGGGUAUUGGCUGUGGGCGUGAACACCUGCCGGGUGUCUACACGAACAUACAGAAAUUUGUGCCGUGGAUCAACAAAGUGAUGGCCAACGAUAAUGCGUAGUGUCGCAGCGUAGGGCUUACACUUGCCAAAGACUGCAGUGCACUCUGAUAUGCCACCUGAUUUGUUAUUGUAAUGAUAUUUUUACGAGUAUUUGUAUUUUAUUGGUUUUAUUUUAGAACUCUGAACUUAAAAUCUCCCUGUGACUUAUUAAAAGAUAACGGUUUUCAAACUACAAUUCUCAAUUCUUAAUAUUUUUGUUUCAAAAGUUAUUUGACAUUUUUCCUCCGCCUCCAUCGAACGAUAAUAGUGGACCUGGCACCAAGUAUUUUAAUAAUUUAUAUUAAGUUAAGAACGUUUUGUACGAUUUAUUAUUAGAUAAGAAUGAAAAAAUAA